AGGGAGAGAGAGCGCCGUGCGCAGGCGCAGAGCGGCCCGGGCCGCGGCGGCCGCUCCCUGUGCUGGCAGUGCUCGCUAAGAUGGCGGAUUUCCUGCCAUCGCGGUCCUCGCUGUCGGUCUGCUUCCCGAGCUGCCUGCUGAACAGCAGCGAGGCCGAGCAGCAGCGCAAGUCCAAAGAGAUCGACAAGUGCCUCUACCGCGAGAAGACCUACGUCAAGCGGCUGGUCAAGAUCCUGCUGCUGGGCGCCGGCGAGAGUGGCAAGAGUACCUUCCUCAAGCAGAUGCGCAUCAUCCACGGCGAAGACUGGGACCGCUCAGCGCGCGAGGACUUCCGCGCCACCAUCUACAGCAACGUCCUCAAGGGUGUAAGAGUUCUUGUAGAUGCUCGAGAGAAACUUCAUAUUCCCUGGGGAAAUCCUGCUAAUCAAACAAAUGGUGACAAGUUGAUGGCCUUCGAUACCCGCUCAGGAGUAGCAGUACAAGGGAUGGUGGAGACCGAGGUUUUUUUACAGUACCUUCCAGCAAUAAGAUCUUUAUGGACAGAUAGUGGGAUCCAGCAUGCCUAUGACAGACGCAGAGAAUUCCAGUUGGGAGAAUCUAUAAAAUAUUUCCUGGACAACUUGGACAAACUUGGAGAACCAGACUAUCUUCCUUCUCAGCAAGAUAUUUUGUUGGCACGAAGACCUACCAAAGGGAUCCAUGAGUACGAUUUUCAGAUUAAAAAUGUUCCCUUCAAGAUGGUUGAUGUAGGUGGCCAAAGGUCAGAGCGAAAACGUUGGUUUGAAUGCUUUGACAGUGUCACUUCAAUAUUGUUCCUGGUUUCAUCAAGUGAAUUUGACCAGGUACUAAUGGAGGAUCGACAAACAAAUCGCCUUACAGAAUCUCUGAACAUUUUUGAAACAAUAGUCAACAAUCGGGUUUUCAGCAAUGUGUCCAUCAUUCUUUUCCUAAACAAGACAGACUUACUUGAGGAAAAAGUGCAAAAAGUGAGUAUCAAGGACUACUUCCCAGAAUUUCAAGGUGAUCCCCACAACUUGACAGACGUCCAAAAAUUCCUGGUGGAUUGUUUUCGUACCAAACGCCGGGAUCAGCAGCAGAAGCCCUUAUACCACCACUUCACCACUGCUAUUAAUACAGAAAACAUCCGCCUUGUGUUUCGUGAUGUCAAGGAUACCAUCCUUCAUGACAACCUCAAGCAGCUCAUGCUACAGUGAUGGGCAAAAAAGAUUUUGGGUUAAUAGUUUACAGCAGAAGUUGAAAAAAAUGGCGUAUUAGACCUCAUGAUGUGUGGGUAAAGGCUGCUGCUGUUCAAGUUAUUGCCAAUUUCUCUUGAAAUUCGGGCUUUACUUUUUCCACUGUAACUUUGUUUUCAAUCAGUUUUAAUUUCUUAACAGACUUUUAAAAGUUAACUCAAAGUUUUAACCUCUUCCAUCUUUUUCAGAUUGAUAAAAGCUUGUAUUCCUGUAACAUCUAUUAAUGUAUAGACAUGUGGUUGAAAGAAUUUACUUUGGAAAUUUGCUAAAGUGGUUUGACAUGUGAAAUUGUAGAGAUCUGAUAUAACUUUGGACUGCUCUCCAAGCUUGGCCAACUGCUACCACCUGUGCUCUCUGGGAAACUGCUCUACCCAACUGUUAAGCUGUACUUGAAGUUUACAAUUGUGUUUAUGCUUCCAUGCCAUUGGGGGUGCUCAAAAAUGGUACCAGAAAGGAAAACAAUUGCAGUCCACUACCACUGAAUAUUUUAAUCAAAAUUAUUUCUGUAUAAACGCCUGGUAUUGAUUGCUGAUUGAUAGCUCUUACAGUUUGAGAAAUCUAUGCUUUCAUAGUUCGAUGCCAAAAUAGCACAAAGCACACAGCUGCUUCUAGCUUUUGAAAGCCUCUUGUCAUUUUCUGUGAAUAAGCCAUUGUUGAACACAGCUACAUGGAUUUUUUUUUCUCCCACUUAGAACAGAUAUUGUAGUUUGGGGAAUCAAGGAAGCCAAGCAUGAGAUUUGUUUCUGCUCAACAGUCAUAGUGUUUAUAGAUGUCAGAUGCAACUUGUUAAAGUCGUAUGACAACACUGAGAGUAUACACAGCUGUAGUUGACACACUGCUGACUAUUAUAUUAGCAAAAAAGACAAAAGUUGUUUUUAAAAAUAAAAGCACUAAAUGAUGUUCCAGCAAUUCCAUACUGCAAAAAAAAAAAAUUAAAUGAAAAAGGGAUGCCAUGUUCCAUCUUGAUUGCUACACACCUCAGUAAUUUAGCCUUGCAAUCAAUCACUCACUGAAAAUGAAACAGAUGUCUUGACUAUUUCUCGGUUUUAAGGAUGCUGGUAGUACUUUGGUUUCUCAGGAAUUUGUUAAAAGCCUAUACAAUACUGGUUACUCUAGGGACCCUUUUACACUGUCAUAUAAUUCAGAUUAUCAAAGAAAAGAAGCCCCAUUAUCUGCUUUGAACUGGAUUAUCUGAGUCUACACUUGCAUAUAAUUCAGUUUAAAGCAGAUAAUCUGGAUUUUAUGUGGCAGUAUAGAAGGGGCCUAAGUCUUAUUAUACUGUGCUUUAGCAAAAACUGCUACAAAAAAGAUUAGCACUUAUGCUUCUUCUAAUGCUUUACUGCCAUAAUAUAUGUAAGUGGUUAACAUGAUGAGAGAUUAGCAGCACAACUUCCUUUUUGUUGUUGCCUAAAUGUAGUACAUCGCUAGGACUCUCAGAUGCAUAAUAUUUGUGGAAGGAAGCCAGCAAAAUGUCUGUUAUUUUGAAAACCAACUUAAAUUUAUGCCUCAUGUUAGGUGUGGGAAACACAAGAACUUUUGCAAAUUAUGUGCUUUAAUAGAAUAGGUUCAACUUCCUCAGUUUUUGAGUGGGCCUACUUCAGUGCUAGUACAUGCUAGUUAAAGCAAAAACUUUAAAACCUAAAGUGCCUGUUAAUUUGUUUUUCUUGCAGUGGCCUUAACAUAAAUGCCAGUUUACCUGAUAGUGGCCUUGUUUAGAGAAAUGAGCGCUCCAUUGCCAGAAUAAUACACACAGCACAAAGUUGAUUACAAGCUUUUCCAUAUUUGCUAGAAAGUGUAUAAAUGUCCAGCAGAUUCUUGAAGGUUAUAAAGGGAAACAGAAUAUAUGUUAUAGGGGUGGUAUUUCUCCUGCACCAUCAUUCUUUCAGACUCCCACAAAAACUUGUAUAUUAGAAUGGGUGUAGACUUGCUAUGCUCCUGCCUACAAAAUAGUAUAUCGAUAAGGACAGUUCCUGUUUUUGAUCAGAUUAUCGAUUGGUUUUAGCUAACAAAUCAAGAUAUAUGUAAACUCUGUAUAUUAUGAAACAAAAAUAACGGUUGGGUCAGUUUUGUAAUAGGGUACAGAGCUUACUGUGAAUGGGAGUAAGAUGUUCCAUUGUAUUAUAGAAAGAAAGCCGUAAAAGGCCAUGAGCUUUGGGAAUAAAAUAAUGUACAUAUGUAAUCAGAGUAAAGCACAUUCUGCAUGUGACACACAUGCUGUACAUGCUGGGUUUUUUAAAAUCAAAAGCAGUUGUUGAAUAUCCCAAAUGGAAAAGGGAAGGCAGUAAAAAACUGCUUAAAUAAACGUCAUGUUUAAUUUAUAUAUUAUCAUGACACUGGUGUUGACACCAUAUACCUUGAAAGAGAUUCUCAAUCUUGAGUAAGCAGUAUCACAGACUGAUCACUAUAUAAAAAGAUACUGUCUUGUCCUGCUAUGAAUCCCAAUCACAGUGGUUCCAAGGCUAUACUACCCCUAUCUUGGGGCCUUGGAGAUUAUUGUGACAUACUUUACAAUCCUCUUGCUGCCAUUCCAAGGUGUUCUAGUGAUUCCUAAUUAUGCAAAGGUAGCUAAAAAUAAAUGUCUUGCUAAGAGGAAUGGCUCAAUCAUCUAAAUUGACCCUACACAUAUCAAAAUCUAUUUUUAUAUAGAAAUACUUUGAAAAUCUUGUGUUUUUGGGUGCACUUUUUUCAAAUUACAGGCCUGUUUGGCCAGAUAAAUAUUGUCUCAAUCUUAAAACAGGAAUGAGACUAUGUCUUCUUCCCAGGCUUGCCUGUGAAUAGCAUUCCAGUAGGAAGGAAUAACUUGAAGGAUCCCCAAAAGAGGAGAUUUUGAGUAAGGGCAGGGAUUGGUGGAUGGCAGAGAUGGUGGAUGGGCAUGGUCUCUUGAAAUACUUUUCUGUCAAUAUAGAUUUGUUUUGUUUGUUUCACAAGUAAUCCUAGGAAGCCUGGAUAUCAGGGCAAUGCCAACCAUUUUGUUUUGAGCCACUGAUUAGAUUUGGAUAUGCUACUCAGUUGCUCACCUGUAAUCUUUUAUAAGCCUUUCUCUAUUUGACGGUACCACAAGAUAAACCUUUCUAAAAUUAGACCUUAAGCAUACAUAACGUUGCAAUAGGGCCAUUUGCAGUUUUAUGUUGUGCUUAAAAGCAAUAAUUGCCACAUAAUUAAAACAGCUUCCCCAUCUCAGAGCACCAGUCAGAGUUUUUAUUCUAUAAAGCCUUUCUCUAAAAUACAUAUUUUGUAAUAAAAAGCCCCUUACCACUCCUUUAAUGAAACCAAGAUUUGUAUGAGUUUUGUAUAAAUGUGGGGUGUUUUGUGGCUUUACAUUUUUAUAUGUAUAACUUUUAUAACUUUUCCAGGGAUUAAGAGAAUCUUUUACUUGUAAAUUUCCCCCUUGCCUUGGUUCAAUGUUGGCAAUAAAUUAUUUCUAAAGAACUUCUUAAAGGAAUAACUUUAAAAUGGUUCGAUUUACUAAUAGAUAAAGAUUUCAAUUAGUUGUACAUUGCUCUCUGUACAUACUUUGCAGGUGUUCCAGCCAUUAAUAUUGCCUUAUGUAAAGUAAAUUACUGACAGCAAAUAAACAAUCUACAUCCUCA